ACGUUAAAAAACCAACCUCAACUUGCAGAGACUCAAUGCUGUGACAAUACACGCCAUGACGGGUCAGACAACAAAUAAACUGCUUUUCCAAGUGCAGUUUGCUUUUCUAGGAAAAAUAGUGUUAUCUUUACCAUUAUUUGGAUUUAUAUUUUGUGUAAUAUGGUCUCUUCUAAAUCAUUUUGAGUCGUCGACAGCCACCCACUGCAGGGUAGCUAAUUACCUGCCCUCCAUCUCGUCGGCUAUAGGUGGGUACACCCCCCAGAGGUAUGUGUGGAGGAUAUGUGUGGCUCUCCAUUGCUCACCUCGACUGAUGAUUUCUGUCGCCUACUACAAUUUCCAUACACAAGUCCAUGUGGGACAGAGGAACAGCCUAUAUCAGUCCCUGGCAGCUCUAACCAGUCUCCUCCACAUCCUAGAAAAUCUUUCUCUGGUCGGGCUGUCCUUUAUCUCUUCAUCUGAAAAUCAUGGUGUCCAUGAGAAACUUUUUGUGACAUUUAUGGUAACUUCUCUGUUAUACAUGCUGUUAUCAUGCCUACUAUUCCGGUGGGGACGCACUGCUAAUGGGAUAACAAUGAGUGUAAAUGAGAAGACAUCCUACAACUACAAAGUGGGCCUGUUUUUGUUCAACAUCACAUCAUUCCUGAUAGCGGUAUAUCUCUUCAUCAGACACAAUGCAUACUGUGAACCAGGCGUUUACAGCCAGUUUGCGUUAUGUGAGUACCUGGUUGUAGUGUCCAAUAUUCUGUUUCAUGGAACUGCCGUCCUGGACUUCAAAUUUGCCGUUACAACUUUAGCAAUUGUGAAUCAAAGGUCACGAAGUUCAUUGCCCAGAUAGCAUACAUUCAUUGGCGCUCAUUACCUACGAAGAAUAUGUUACACAGGGUUAUCACUGUCUACACCUAACAACGGUUACAUAGUGGUCAUUGCCCAUGUAGCUUAAAUCAAGGGUGAUCACUGGCUACAUCUAACACCGGUUACACAGUGAUCAUUGCCCAUGUAGCUUAAAUCAUAGGGUGAUCACUGGCUACACCUAACAACGGUUACACAGUGGUCAUUGCCCAUGUAGCUUAAAUCACAGGGGGAUAACUGUCUGCACCUAACAACGGUUACACAGUAGUCAUUGCCCAUGUAGCAUAAAUUACAUAGUUCACCGUCUACGAUCGUCGUAGCAAAAAAGUUUCACUGCCCAAGUUGUGUAAAUUGAAUGGUAUUGAUUGUCUACAUGUAGCAAAGAUAACACAGUAUUAACCACCCAUGCAUGUAGUGUAUAGAUACAUGGUGUUCACCGUCAACAAAGCAUACACUUUUUAUGAAGCAAUUACAGUUCAGUGCUCACAUGACUAAGACUAUGUUAAUGAUGUGUUUGGUACAGUUAUAUGUUCACUGAUACAAUACCAUGCUUCCCAUCACCAUAUUUCACAACACAAUGCUUCACAAUACAAUGUUUCACAACCCUGCUUCACAACACAAUGUUUCACAACACCGUGCUUCACAACACAAUGCUCUACAGCACUAUGCUUCACAACACAAUGUUUCACAACACCGUGCUUCACGACACACUAUUUCACAAAACCGUGCUUCACAACACCGUGCUUCACGACACAAUGUUUCACAAAACCGUGCUUCACAAAACCGUGCUUCACAACAUUGUGCUUCACAACACAAUGUUGCAGAAUACCAUGCAACAAUAUGUCACGCCAUGUUACAUAAGAUUCACUGUAUUAUAAUUUGGUGUGUUGAUUAGUAAUUAUGGAGUACAUUUGACGGGAAUCUGUGUUUAUGUAUAAUUCUUUCGUGAUGUGUUGCAAUAUUACUGUACAUACUGGGUUUGUAAAAUGGACGAGCAAAUGAGGAUAAACAAUUUCAGAAAAUUUCCAAUAUAGUAAAACACAUAAGUGACAAAUAAGAGAUAAACGAUGUCUGUACAAUUUCGUGUAUAGUUAGAUAUGAAUAGAAGAUAAACGACUUCUGCUAAUUUCCACUAUAUUAGAAUAAAUUAUUGUUAGGAGAUAAACAGGUUCGGUGUAUAUAUCUGCUAUGAAGUGAAAUUAUAUAAGUAAUUAAAAGGUAAAUGCUUUUAGUAAAUUUCCCAUAAAGUGAAAUCAAAUAUAUAGCCUAUUUACUCAAUAUUUAUUAAAUUGUCUUCAAUGCAAAGUUUAUUUUUUACUAAAGGAAUGCCUUCAUAAAACAAACAGUUCGGCGGACUUAUAACAUAUCCAUCUCCUUUGGGACUAACACGAGGCUACGAAAUGACAUAUUAUAUCUUGUUCAUUUAUAUGCCUAGGUCAUGCGGAGCUUAUAUUUUCUUUUACUAUCUGCGGAGAGGCAUAUCGGCCUCAAAACAAGAUUGGUGUUGCUAUUGGAAUGUACAAAGAGUAUAGUAAAAUCUCCCAGUAAAAUAUGUUUUACCGAUAUGUAAUAAAACCAAUGGACGUGUUACCGUAACGAAUACAUGAACUUUAUAUCACGUUUCUUUUCGUAACAUUUUAUGCUUCUUAUAAAAAACACCUAGACAUGAUUUAAACAUUAAAGCACAGUUUCAAUGUUAACAUGUCUAGUACAUUAUAACAUCACAGAUUGUUGUGAAAUGGCACAUCAUCUGAAGUUCAUGUAUCCAUCUUGGUUAUUUAGCCUCUGUUUUCUUAUUUAUAAUUUCUUAAAAUAUAUUACAUUGGAAUUUCACCAUUAUUUUACUUUAACAUGGCAACAUCUUUCCUCAUACGAAGCCAGUAUGUCACUCCAUUAAAAGACCAAGAAAUACAAAUAAACUUUAGAUAAUUUGUAAUUUCAUAGUACAUGUUUUCAGUUGGGUCGCGAAAGAGAUUGACAUGUUAUACGUUUAAUGAACUGUUUAUUAUGAAUACAUCAACCGUAUUGCCUAAUUAUUGACUGAGGAAUGAUGAUUUUUUUUAUUCCUGACCCGUGCAAAGUUACCAAAUAUGAUUUACUUUAUAUUUGGAUAAGGCAUAAGGUAAAUUGGGUUGUUAAUAUAAAGUACUGGACCAAUCAAAAUUUCAAGCUAGAGAGCUACAAUGGUAUUGCGGUUAACCCCUUAUCAAUUUUUGAUAAGGGGUUUACCACAAUCAAAAUCAAAAGCAAUCAAAAGACUUUGUUCCUUUUUGAUGUUUUAUGCAGACUUUUGCUAGUUAAGGUGAAAGAUAAAUGCCGCUGAGAAUGAAAUACCGGCCGUGAAACUUUAACAAGUGUUAGGAGAAAAGUGAGCCAUACGUUUAUUUUUAUACAUCUUUGUAUUUGAUAAAACAAUUGCAUUCUUGCCUUUCCUCAUACUUUAUUUUGUAUAAUUGUCGCAGACACUUAGGCCUUGUAGUAAGGUGGUUUGUUUUUGAUACAGAAUUAUUUUAACAACUGUUUGUUAGGAUAGUGUUAUAUAAGGGUACGUUAGGUGUUUGGCGAGGAAUAUUUUAUUUUACGUAUUUUAUUUAAUUAAAUGGUAUGGUGGCGUAUAAGGGUCUAGACUUGUUAUUAAGUCUAUGUAAGUUACAUAUAUUUGUUACUUAUAGGUAGACUUGCUUGUUUGUUUAAUGUCGGCUUGUUGAUGUUUAAUUAACCAAGUCAAUAGAAUAAGAUCGGCUUCUUUACGAAGUUUACUAAAAUUAUGCUCAUUUCAUUUUCAUACGACAAAAUUAAAUCGUGUUGUUUUAUAUAUUAUCAAGUCAAUAAAAUGUAUGUAUACGUGUCGAUAUAAAUGUAGCGUUAUUUACUUGAUAAUUGUUGACUUUAUGAGAUGUAUUGCACAUGUACACAGGAAGUAAAUUCUCAUUUUUAUGAAGUUGACAAAAACUAUGUCAACUUGCGGGAAAUUGAGUUAAUUGUGCUUGUUGACAUAUAUGUAGACUUGUUCACUUGUCCUUUGUCGACUUGUUGAUAAAUAACUUAACAUGUCGAUAGAAAUAAAUCAAUUUCUUUUAAAUGGUGACUAAAGCUAUGUUCACUAAACGAGACAAGUAGUUUGUGUUGCUAAGCACAACCUAACAUGCCAUCUUGUUUUGAGUAGACACUUUCUUUAUCGGAACUUUAAUAAGUUGACAUGAAUAAAAAGGUAGACAAACAA